CUACGCGAGAUCCGCCGUAUUGUACUGUAUACCUUGUGCACGGUCGUACUCGUCGAGUAGCCAAAUGUUCGCGACGAACGAGUUUACGUUAACGUUUCGCGGUAAUUAACGGGAAGGAGAGGAGGUUAACGCAACUUGGCGACUCGUUAUCGACUCGAAGAGAGAGAGAGAAAGAGAGAAGGAGAGACAAGAUUCCUCGUCCGCAUCUGCACAAGAGAUCCCACAAAUGGUGCGACUGCCAUGUAACGUCAGGUUGUUGAGAUCUUGCGAGGAGAGGAUCUUCUAGGAAGGGAAGAGAGCUCCUUUCACGAGGCGGUUUCGCGCUGUUGAGAGCAGAACUCGCGGGAUCCAGAAUGGCGGAGAACCAGGCAAACUCAUCGGGACAAGUCGGCCAAGGUUCUGGCAGAUCUUUCAACUUUCCACGAAUGGAUUUUCGAACGAACAACGAUGUCCAGAACGAGAUGUCGGAGAGGCGAAGACAGCUGAAACUUAGUUUUCAAACACAGGGCAAUAAUUUGUCGUUUGCCAAUUCCACAAAUUCCUCAUUGUCGAAUUCAACGGGAGCCACAGCACAAUGUCCACCAAUAUCCUCUCGUCCAAGCCUGCCUUUAUCUCUACCUAAGCUGCCAGCUCGACCUCGCAAUAUAAUACAGCAGCAAGAGUUUCUUCCUGAUAAGGCAAGAGACAAACUGCGAAUGUGCCAGUCUAUGCAAAGUACCGGUAAAUUGCAAUUAUCUUCAGACAUGGUUUAUGAUUUUACAAGCGAAGAUCUUCAGGAUCUUGGAGAAAUAGGACGAGGGGGAUUUGGAACUGUAAAUAAGAUGAUUCAUAGGAUAAGCAAUACUGUUAUGGCUGUGAAGAGAAUUCGUUCUACCGUGGAUGAAAGAGAACAAAAGCAAUUAUUAAUGGACUUGGAAGUUGUGAUGAAGUCAAAUGAGUGUCCAUGUAUCGUGCAAUUUUAUGGAGCUUUAUUUAAAGAGGGAGAUUGUUGGAUUUGCAUGGAACUUAUGGAUACGUCAUUAGAUAAGUUUUACAAGUUCAUCUAUGAGAGAUUAAAUGAAAGGAUACCAGAAUGUAUUCUAGGCAAAAUUACAGUGGCUACUGUAAAAGCAUUAAAUUACCUCAAGGAGAAACUAAGAAUAAUUCACAGAGAUGUGAAACCUAGUAAUAUUUUGUUGGAUCGAGGAGGUAAUAUAAAAUUGUGCGACUUUGGUAUAUCUGGUCAACUCGUAGAUUCAAUCGCAAGGACCCGGGACGCUGGUUGUAGACCGUAUAUGGCUCCGGAAAGGAUAGAUCCGCAACGUGCGCGUGGUUACGAUGUGAGAAGCGACGUAUGGUCGUUGGGUAUCACGCUGAUGGAAGUUGCCACAGGGUACUUUCCAUAUCCGAAAUGGAACUCUGUCUUUGAACAGCUCUAUCAAGUGGUACAAGGUGAUCCACCGCGACUUUCUCCUAAUGAGAACGGAAAUCACUUCACUAUGGACUUUGUGAAUUUUGUGAAUACGUGUUUAAUUAAGGAAGAGACGCAGCGACCCAAGUACAAUAAAUUGCUGGAACAUCCGUUCAUCAGACGAGCGGAGGAAGCAAUGAUCGACGUUGCGGCUUACAUUAGCGGAAUUUUGGACAAUAUGGCUAAUAACGGAGUGACGCCAUUCACUACGAAUCAACCUUAAGAAUUGGCAAGAGCGACGAUAACGAGAGUGCGUCAUCGCAUCAUAGUACCGCGGUUUUUCUCCUCAGACUCUCACUCUUUGAAUAUGAACGGUAUUAUCGCGCAUUCCAACGAUUUAACGUAGGUAGCGAAAUCGACGACCGUUCUCGCCAUCGUAUAUCGUCGUCUCGCUCUUAAAAUUGUACUCUUAUGGACUCAAAACGGUCAUGCGAUAGAGAACGCGUAGAGAUGUGUAUUGAAACAAGCUGGCGAGUUUCGUUAAAUAUUGAAUGAUGGCGCAUACAUUGUCUUUUUCUCCUGUUGCGUCAUCUUUAUUUCAUUAUCUUUUUCUCUCUCUCUUACUCGCAUUCAAUAUAACUUUAAAUAUCGCGUCCCGAAAAGAUUCUCCUCUUCGAGUUUUAUAAUUCUCGAUAACGGCGUGACGCUAAAUGAUAAAUUUUCAGCAAAUCAUAUGUAUGCGUAAGGUAUUUGUAUAUAUACACAUGUAUAUGCAUAUGUAUAUGUAUAUAUGUAUAUAUAUAUAUAUAUAUGUAUAAUUAUAUCUUGCCUUGUAUAAUAAAUCUUGAUUUCCACGAUUUUUUUAAGCAGCGUUACAGGAGCGAAAGAUACUCUAGGCGAAUUAUUCUAGCCAAAUUGAUAUCGAUGAUCAUCCGGGUAUCGACCGUUUUUUGAUGAUUUUCUUAGGACAGGUUUAAAUACGAGUAUCUCAAAUGUUAGGAGUGCUGUAAUGUAAUGGAAAUAAAUCAUUGACACUCACAGAGCGAAAAACA